ACCGGCAUUGCACGUAUACAUUUAUACAUAGCAGGGCGUGCUGACGUUUGACAUUUUGGAUUUUAACUACAACUCACAGCACUCCCAUCGGGACAUUAGGUCAGACACUUCCGGGUCACGUGGCUGAGUUCCCCGCCUUUUGAGAAAGCGACAGCAUCCCCGGACGUCGCCUUCACAAUAAUACCGCUCACGGUUUUCGUUUCUUUUUUUAAUGUUUUGAGUUUUGAGAUUUUCCUGAACAUGUAAGUUAGUUACCUAAUUUACCCUUCACUCUUCACAUCAACCGAGUGGCAGCCAUGUUGCUCCCGUCCGAUGUCGCCCGGCUGGUUUUGGGGUAUCUCCAAGAAGAGCGACUGUGCGCGACAACACAAGCCUUCAUCCACGAGUGCCCGAACCUCAGAGAGUAUGCAGAGCACUCCACGGAGGACGGCACUAUUCCUGCUUGUGUUUUCUCCGUCUUUGGGAAAGGCCUGACAACCAUUUUAAAUGAGUAUAUAGCUGCCAAAACAAAAGAGUCUUGUCGUGAGGUUCCAGCUGUGAUGACCUCGUUGUGGAAAAAGCUGGACUUUACACUCAACCAGAUCAAGUCAUUGCAGAACUCCCCAGCUAUAUCAGCAAAUCAAAGAAUACGUUCACGCCACGGAGCGGCAAACACGGCGAGACAGCGGGCCUUAGCUGGGGCUUCGGCUGGUGGAGAGGUCUGCUCCUCCGUUUCUGAGGCGAGCUCCGUCAUCAACCCUGCAAACAUCUCCCACAGCAUGCUCGGCCACUCCACGCCCGUGAGCUACACCUCUGUGCACAGCCGGCCAGCUGCUCCCGGCAGUGGCACACACCAGCAGAUCCUUGAUGGCAGCCGAUUACUCAAUACGCCAAGAGAUUCACCAAUACACAUAAUUGUUUCAGAACAUCGGCUAAAUCCAGGUCCAAUGUCUCCUGGACGGCGGAAAUGGGACACCCCGAGGAAGAGAGGUGGGGCCCAGAGCGAGUCCACUACCACUAGCAGAUGUGCCCCAGCUGUCAGUACUCCAAAUGCAGAACCUCAACCUGAAGAGGCCGUCGAUGGGAACUUUCCUCAGCUCGUAAUACAAAAUGCACGGGACAAAAUAUUGGGAGACAGAUCGUUACAAGAAAAGCUGGCUGAAAACAUCAACAAAAUCCUCGCCAAUGAGCCAGUGCCCCAGACCACCAAGGCCCCUUCAAGCACAGUGGAGGCAGACCAGUCCAUAGAUGAAAUCCUGGGUUUACAGGGGGAAAUCCACAUGAGUAACGAUGCCAUCCAUGACAUUUUGGAGCAGACCGAGUCGGACCCAGCUUUUCACGCCCUCUUUGAGCUCUUUGAUUACAAUAAGACACGUUUUCCCGAAGCGGAGGUUGGAGACAUCAGCUGUAGUCCAGAAGACGACGAUCCUGCUGGACCUUUAUCUACAGUCGCAGCCCUUCCGAGUGAUGAUCCAGCCCCUGCACUGCGAGAGGCUAAAGCUUCGGAAGCAACGCCAAUGGCCGUUAAGACGAAAGCUGGACAAGAGCCUAGAACCAGAAAGGCCGCUGCCCCCACCUUGUUGAAGAAAGUGGUUCUGGGCCCCAGCAGCCGGGCAUCUAGAAUUGAAAACAGUUCCGCCAAGCUGUUGGUGAGCUGUGGGGAGCCUCGAGGCGUCUCGCCUGCUGCCGUGGACUCAAGCGGAAAAGAGAAAGCUUCGCUGUUCGAUAACAGUGUUUUUGUAACGCCAAUGGACAUCGACGAACCGCUGAACACGCCCCCCCCUCCCGCGGACAGUGCGCCCAUCGAGGAGGCCGCCACCAAGUCAGUCGCCCCUUUCCCCGGAGAAUCGGCUGUUCUUCCCUCCGCCGCGUUCAACGGGCCGGAGGCGGCAUCCAACCCCUCUGCUUUUCUGUUUCCUCUGCACGUCGAGCUGAACAACGCCCCGGCGCUGACCGCCGACCUGCCUCGCACGCCGCUUCCGAGCAGCGGAGGAGACGCUCAACCGGGGGCUUGUCUCUCCGCCGCGCCGGGAUUGGCCUCUCGUACUUCUCCUCGUAGCAGUGGCACAGCCGUGCUGGCCUCGCCCUCGUCGGCGUCCACAUCGGCCUCUACCUCCGCGACGCUAACGGCUACACCGGCCUCCUCCCUGCCCGUCUCGCCCUCGUCCUCUUUUGCCCCGGUCGGUGCGGCGGCUGAUCCGCCACCCGCCAAACACCACGCCACUCCAAGCAAGGCCGCAGCAUCCGGGGAUAUAGUUUCUCUUGAGAUCAUCAUCAGCGACAACCAGGAGGAGGAUUUGUCCACCACCGCGGCUUUGAAUCGGGCGAUUUCUAGCAUUUCCGGAGACAAGAUCCCCACCAUCUAUCUUUCCUCUCCUGCCAAGUCCUCCGGAGCUCCCGGCACGCCAAGGGCCAGCUCGGAUGAGGCGGCACUGGCAGUGAGUGGCUUACAAAGCUCUGAGGUGUAUGCCAGUCCUCUCGGCUCUAAGGCCGGAGCUCUGGUGGCGUCUCCGUUACCGGGGACCUCACAGGCCCAGCAGAACUUCCUAAUUCAGCUCCCCCUGAGCGCUGCUAACGCUGCACUCCAAGCAGCCACUGCCAGCUAUUUCCUGGUGACUGAACCCCCGACGACAGAUGCUCAAAGCAGGCAGGUGUUGCUGUCGACAGGAGUCCCAUUGGCACAGCCUGUGCCCGCCAACCAGUUUGGGGUGACCACACCACCUCGCUCUCGAGGCCCCUCCGCUGGACCAACUCUUAUCUUACCAUCGCCUGCGAAGCCCAUGCUACUUCCUGUUUCUGUUAUCGGGCCAAACACUCUGGGAAAGGUUCAUGUGGUGUCAAAUCAGCUUGUUGCCAUACCCAACCUAGUACCGUUACAGCAGUCCGGUCCUGGCAAACCAAAGUCUCCCACGAUGGCAAUCAAACGGUCUACAUCUACCGGUGCUGAACAACACCCGGUUGGUAAGUUGGUUACGGCUGUGCUGGCUGAAAACACAGGCCAGCAGGAUACAGCAACAGGUCCAAGUCAUAGGAGAAUUCUAUGUUUUGACUCUUCAGCAGAAGUUCAACCACAAACUCCUAAAACCACCAAACCUGCAGCUUCAAAUGCAUCUCUGCCACGCCGUGUCCAGCGAACUGAGAAAGAUGGUAAAAAGAUGGUGACUCGGAGUAAACCUGCUAUCUUGGGUGGCAACAAGCCCAGGAGGAGAAUAGAGCCGGUCAGAUGCUCAACAGAUACUCAGACUGGAGAAGGCUUCACAAAGGAGGGGGAGAAGUCCAUUCCUCCUCCACAACAGCACCAGAAAGUUCCUCUUAAAAAGAGCCCUCGCAAACAAGAUCAUAGCGCCCAAAACGAAGAUGCUCAAAGUGCAAGCGCCAGCAGGGAUGAUGCCGCGCAGCCCGAGACUUUGAAAAAGUCUAAAUCUGGAAGGCGAUCAAAAUCUAUAGACGGGAUACACACCCAUGAUAAGGGGGGCGAUGCAGCGAAAGCUAAGGAAUCUGAUACUUCGAAGUCGUUGUCCGCUGAUUCUGCUCUGAAAUCAGGAACUAGAAAGGAGAAAGAGGAGAGCAGCAGGAAAGAACCUGCAGAAAAGGCUGCUGGCAAAUCCCGUGAGGGGCGUCCAGAAAAGAGGACGCCUCCUCAGGAGGCGCCCAAUGUGAUGGCUAACAAGGAAAACGAAAUCAAAGGCAGCGUGCAAGAGCAGCAGCAGCAGCAGCAGCCGUCGGCACCUUCACCCGUGGUGUCAAGAGACUUCAGCCCUCCGGCUGUCACCCAGCCUGCGUCUAGCCCUCAGUCCAAGGCUACUAAAGCGCCCUCAAAGACCAGCUCGCUGGUCAAGCAGGCGGCGGAGAUGCUGCACGACAUCAACGGGCUCAACUCUCCGUCCUCCCCGGUCAAGAGGCCCGCGGCGGUCGGUCCGGACCACGGCGGGCUCCCCCGCACCCCGGGGCCCGGCCGCGGCCUAGAGGAGUCCGUGGACCGCGCCAGGACGCCUUCCCGGCAGAGGAGGGGCCGAGACGGGGAGGGGACCCCCAAGCACCUGAUCCCUCCCAACACGCCGGACGUCCCCGGCUGCAGCCCGGCCAGCGAGGCCGGCAGCGAGAACAGCAUUAACAUGGCCGCCCACACGCUCAUGAUCCUGUCGCGUGCCGCCAUCGCCAGGACGGGCACGCCGCUGAAGGACAGCCUGCGUCAGGAGGAGGCGGGGGAGAAAUCGGCCACGAGCUCAAAGAGCUCUAAGAAGCGCAAACCGGCGUCUCCCACAGGCAGCCCGCCGCGUGCCAAGAAGGAGUCCAAACAAUCUCCCAGCCAGAAGAGCGACCGGGAAAGGAAGAAACUUGUAGAUUUCUUUCCUCAUGACUUGGAUGUGGAUAAGUUCCUGUCUUCUCUCCACUAUGAUGAGUGAAACGGGACACAGGAUCACUGCUGCCUCCUUCAGUUACUACCCAGGAAUAGAACAAGCCAUCUGCUCAAUCGGUUCUUAUUAGUAACCUUUGCCUGUGACCUUAUAAGCCGCAGGUCUGUCUCCCUUCAGCCAACGAGGGACUUUGAUUUGAUUUGCUUCUAUUGUGUAUGAUCAGCAUACAAUGUUGUUCCAUGUAGCAGUAGGGUAACCAUGGCUCUUUUUUCCUAAUGCUUAACUCAAGUUUAAAUUAUUGUCUUGUAUAAACAAACUGACUUGUUUUGGGGACUUUGGGCAUGUUGAAAUGGUGACUCAAAGCAUUUUCUUGGUCAAUAUUUGACUCCGUUUUGAUUUAAUCCUCCUGGCUGGAAGGGAUCUAUGUAAAGAUUGUGUUUUGUUUUUCAUGUCCAGAGAAGUCUAGUUAGUUGAAGAUUGAAAAGUAGUGUAAAAUGAUAUCCACAUGCAAAGACGGUAGAAUGAGUUUUACAAAAUGACUGUUCAAAUUCCCAUACUCGGGACUUUAAUGUUUUAAUAAAAAACAAUAUUUGUGUAUCUUU